AUGCCAUCUGAUAUGGCGGCUUCGUUGGCUAUUCAUACCGCAAAUCGUACAACUGCUUCGAAUCGAAUAUCGGAAAUUCUUGAUGUGGCGAAAGGUGCUCAGCGCGAUCCGUCCUUAAUUUCCGAACUAAUAAUGAGAAUAGAUAGGUUAGAGCCGAUUUAUAAGCAGUUUGAGAGUUGUCAUUCUAAAAUAGUCAAUAUUAGAGCGGUUGAGGGUGAAGAAGUUUUGGAGGCACAGGAAGCUAUUCGUUCUGUGGUCGACAGGAAUUAUUUUACUAUAAAAGCCAUUCAUUACAAUUUAGUAGAAAAGGUUAAUCUUAACAAUAAGGAUACUAUUCCACCAACGGUAUCUCAUGUUAGGCUACCAAAAAUAUCUUUACCCACAUUUGGAGGUAUUCUUAAGGAGUGGCCAAAUUAUAGGGAUUUAUUUGUAUCCUUAGUGGAUAAAAAUUCAUCGUUGAGUAACAUUGAGAAAUUUCAGUACCUGUUGAGUAGCACAUCCAACGAUGCUUUAGAAAUAGUUAAGGGUAUUACAUUGUCGGGAGAAAAUUACCCUAUUGCUUUCAAUAGUUUGCUUAAGCGCUAUAACAAUAAGCGGCUUUUAGCGGUUUCGUACUGGAAUGAAAUUUUUCGUUUUCCAAAACUGGAAAAAGAAAACUUCAUUGUUUUGAGAAAGUUGUUGAGCGUGUUCUCGGAAAAUUUAGCAGCUCUGGACAAUUUGGAUUUUCCAGUAGAUGAGUGGGAUUUUCCACUCUUCAAUAUUCUUUUAGAGAAAAUUGAUCCUAAAACUAGAACUAAAUUUGAAUUGGAUCAUAGUAAGAUAGAGUUGCCUAAGUAUACUGAAUUGGUGGAUUUCUUGACCAAUCAUUGCAAGGCCCUGGAGGCAGUCGAAUUUUCGAACGAUAAGUCUCUUGUCCAGAAAGGUCCCUCGGUCAGUUCACAUAAAGGUGGAAGAAAUAGUUCGAGGGUUUCAUUUGUUGCAAACACGAAUUCAAUGGAUAAAAACCAGUGUGUAUUUUCGGAAAUUCUAGUAACAGACUCAUAUGGGAAUAAACAGAAAAUUCGUGCACUUCUUGAUAAUGCCAGUCAGGCCAGUUUCAUAACAACGAAAUGUUUAAAUAAAUUAGGUUUAAGAUAUAGCCCCUUAGCAACUUCAAUUCAUGGCAUAGGAAGCUCCCCGCCCGUUCUUCCUAAGGGCUGUGUUACUUGUACCAUAGGUUCAUGUUACGAUGCUAAUUGUGAAAUUCAGGUCGAUGCCUUUGUCUUACCCAGAAUAUGUUCGGAUAUGCCUAAUUUUAAGUUUCGUUCAGUCAAUUGGCCCCAUAUUUCGUGUUUGAAGUUGGCUGAUCCUAAGUUUCAUUAUUCCCGUUCAAUAGAUAUGCUCUUAUCUGCGGAUAUUUUUGCGCGAAUAUUGGUUCCGGGUAAGGUCGAAAAUAAUAUCGAAGAGCCUAUAGCUAUUAAUACAUUAUUCGGUUGGAUUUUAACGGGAAGAAUUCGUUCGGAAAAUUCGUCGGUUCUCGAUAGUGUUCAUUUGUCGUCAUUUUUGGUAUCGAAUUCGGCUGAUAACGAAUCUUUAGAGAAUACUUUAAAGAGAUUUUGGGAAUUAGAACGGAUACCUGAGCAUAAUGUCAUAUCCGAAGAAGAUAGAGUCUGCGAGAGAAUAUUCACGGAAACUACAACUAGGGAUGUCGAUGGUCGAUACAUAGUUGAUUUGCCAUUUAUAUCGCAGUUUAAACCUUCUUUCAAUGAUUCUCGCGAGAUCGCUCUUAGAAGAUUUUUCAGUUUGGAAAAUCGAUUAUAUAAAAGUGAUGAUCUGAGAAGGCAGUAUGGGGAAUUCAUGCAUGAUUAUUUGAAUUCGGGACAUAUGUCCCUCGCAUCGGACUCGAUCGAUUGUAGUGAAUGUUAUUAUUUACCGCAUCAUUGUGUGUUUAAACUCGAUUCCUCAACAACUAAACUCAGAGUAGUCUUCGAUGCAUCUCAGAAAUGCUCAUCGGGAUUCUCAUUGAAUGACUUAUUGUACGCAGGACCCAAGUUGCAGAAUGAUUUAGUUAAUCUGUUAGUUCGUUUUCGAACGAAUCCUAUUGCGUUCGUUGCUGACAUUAAACAAAUGUUCAGACAAAUAUUGGUUUCACCUAAGUAUAGAAAUUAUCAGCGCAUUUUUUGGCGUGAUUCGAAAGAUGAGUCGGUCAAGGAAUAUACUUUGAAUACGGUUACUUUCGGAGUUACAUGUUCUCCAUUCUUGGCUAACAGAACAAUAAAACAACUCGCCGUUGAUGAGGGUUGUAAUUUUCCGCUUGUAGUAUCUAUUUUAAAAGACGACAUUUAUAUAGAUGAUAUAUUGAGUGGUAGUGACUCUUUGGAGAAUUCUCGUAUAAUUGUUGAGCAAUUGAUAAAUAUUUUCAAUAAAGCUGGUUUUCCUCUAAGGAAAUGGGCUUCAAACUGUUCGGCUUUAUUAGAUUUUCUUCCGGAUGAGUCCAAACUGACUCCAUUGGACUUUGACGAUGACUCCAUAGUUAAGGUUUUGGGUUUGAGGUGGAAUCCUGCUAAAGAUACCUUUUGCUAUAGUGUGAAUAUCUUAUCCAGGAAAUGUACGAAACGCAGUAUCCUAUCAGAAUUGGCGAGGAUCUUCGACCCGUUGGGUUUUCUCGCGCCUUUAACAUUUUUUUCGAAAUAUUUGACACAGACUUUGUGGACUUUGGGAUUGGACUGGGACGAUGUUCCCCCACCGGUUAUUGUUUCUCGUUGGGAUCAGUAUAAAUCAGAAUUACAUUGUUUAGAAACAUUUGAAAUCCCUAGGUUUCUCGGUAUUAUUAGACGAGAAUCAUGCGAAUUACAUGGAUUUUGUGACGCUAGUGAGAAAGGUUUUGCUGGCGUUGUAUACCUCAGAGUCAAAAUUUCAGAUAGUGAAUUCGAAUCAACAUUAGUGCUUGCUAAAACGAAAGUUGCUCCUCUGAAGAAGGUAUCGAUACCGAGGUUGGAGUUGUGCGCUGCCGUGUUGUUAAGUAAUAUUUUGGAUUACAUUCAGUCGAUAUUUUCAUCAAUAUUUACUAUUACUCGAACGUUCGCAUGGUCUGAUUCUAAGGUCGCGUUAUGUUGGAUUAAGUCUCCACCAACGCGAUGGAAGACUUUCGUAGGAAAUAGAGUAGCUUCUAUUCAGGAAAAAAUAAGUCCGAACUGCUGGCACCAUAUAAGUGGUUCUGAGAAUCCAGCAGAUAUAGCUUCCCGAGGUUGUCUACCCUCUGAGCUCAUAAAUAAUUCGUUAUGGUGGGCGGGGCCCUCUUUUUUGAAAGGUGUUUUUUCUGUUCCGGAAGUUAUUGCUGGAGACUUUUCCUCUGACGAGUUUUUUGGCGAACAGAAACUUCACUCUUUCAAUAUUCAGUUUGAAGAUAAUAUCGUACUGUCCUUAUUAGAUAAACAUUCUUUUCUAAGUAAGAUACAAUCAAUCGUAGCCUACCUCUACAGAUUCUCACAUAAUGCGAUGAAAAAUCGAACUAAGAUAAAUGGUUUCCUCACUAUUAAGGAACUGAACAUGGCCUUGAAUGUCAUAAUUCGAAAUGUCCAAGGUACUGUGUUUGCUGAGGAAAUUAAUCGUCUGAAACUGAAUUUGCCACUUUCGAAGACACUACGCAAAUUAACACCGUUUAUAUGUAAUUCCGGUUUGCUUAGAGUUGGUGGUCGUUUAAUAAACGCCAAAUUUUCUUAUGAUCGAAAAUUUCCGAUUUUGUUGCCCAGACAACACAGAUUGACCAAAUUGCUUAUUGAAAGUUUUCAUCGAAAAUACAUGCAUCCUGGUCCUCGAACGUUGCAACAUUUAAUCUCGCAGCAAUAUUGGAUUCUUUCACCUAGAAGAGCGAUUCGAGGUGUUAUUUCGAAGUGUGUUCAAUGUUUCAGAGCAAAUCCUAGGACUUUUCAACCUUUGAUGGGAAAUCUGCCUUCCUUCCGUAUUUCCCAAGUAAAGCCAUUUUCGUGCAUUGGUAUUGAUUUUGGAGGACCAUUUUACAUUAAGAGUAGCCGAUUAAAGGGUGCUAAAAUUCAAAAGGCUUAUUUAUGUCUGUUUGUUUGCUGUGCAACAAAGGCACUACAUCUAGAAUUAGCAUCAGAUCUUAGCACUGACUGUUUUCUAGCGGCUUUUCGCCGUUUCAUCGGGCGUCGUGGUCGAGUAUCGUAUGUCCACACCGAUGGCGGCACUAAUUUUGUUGGCGCCGCCAAUUAUAUCAAGAAUAUAAUGAAAGAUGUUGCAGCAGCGGAAAAAAUCGAAUGGGCAUUUAAUCCUCCUGCCACUCCUCAUUUCGGUGGCCUGUCUGAAGGCGGUAUUAAAUCGGUAAAAACUCAUUUAUUUCGUGUGAUAGGUGAACAAAUCCUCACUUUUGAGGAGUUCAACACGUUAUUGGUCCAAAUCGAAGCGGUACUUAAUUCCCGACCUUUGACUGAACUCAGUCCGGAUCCAAAUGAUCUUUCCGUACUGACUCCGGGUCAUUUUUUAACCAUGGAGCCUCUGUCGUCUCUGCCAGAUCCUGAUUUGGCACCUUUAAAUAUUAAACGUCUUGAUAGGUGGCAAUUAUUAACUAGAUUGCAUCAGGACUUUUGGAGAAGAUGGCACAAUGAAUAUUUGCAUACUUUGAAUCAGAGAUUGAAAUGGACGGACAACACUGUUGGGAUAAAUGUCGGUGAUUUGGUUCUGCUUAAGGAUGAAAAACUUCCUCCACUAAAAUGGAAGACCGGUAGAAUAACGGAGUUAUAUCCUGGAAAAGAUGGGGUUAUUCGUGUGGCAUCUGUAAAAACGACUGAUGGUCAUUAUAAACGUGGACUUACCAAAUUGUGUCCACUUCCAAGAUCGGACUAA